CGGUCGCUCGCUGACGGUGGACGUCACCAAAGGGGCUUGCUGUCGCUGCUUUCGAAUUCUGCCGCUGGGAAACGGUGGCGCAGUUGCGGCUUGAAGUGUCACCCAGCGUGCGCGCGUUAAACGGCCGUUAGUAGUUAGUUUUGUUGUUCCUUUUCUUUGCUGUUCUUUUCUGCUCUGGCGCGCCGUGUCACACAGUUGCGGCUGUUUGGCUCCGUGUAGACGGAGCGCGUGCAAACAGCGGAAUUACGGGGUGGUUGUGUGGCGGUUCGUGACAGUGUGUAUCGUGUCGUGGAGUAUCGUCCUCCGCCGAUCGGUCCCUGGCUGGCAGGCACGCAAGUUCAAUUUUAUUACCGUGCGAGCAACAAAUUGGUGACUAAGCGAAGGGGCUGCCUUUAUGCGAAUUAUUACACCCAACCCCGUCGCUGUGUGGGUGUACGCAGUUGUGUGUGUGUGUGAGAGAGUGAGUGUGCAUGUGUUUACCCGCAGCUGUGCGUGUGCCAGUAGUAGUACCACGGCAGCAUUCAAUAUCCCAGCUCCAGUGCUGUAACGCAAUCCCGACAACAGCCCGGCAAAUCCGAAAAAAAAAACCUAAAAGACCCCUAAAAACGACUGCCCGGGCGCCGUCACUAUUGUCACCAGCGGCACGGGGCGAAUUGUCAUCGACCACAGCAUAGUGUACCGUGCGCAAAAUUCAGAACACCCGAACGCGGAGCAAAGGAAACGUCAGGCCUCGUCCGUCCAUCCAGACCCGAUCAACCCGAGAAUUUGUGCGAACAGUGUGCGACCGGUCCCCGUGCGGAGGGCCGGAGUGCGUACGGAGUGCGUGGGCAGUGUGCAGAAGGAAAACGAAAUUCGCAUACACAAACACACACACACACACACGCAGAGAGGGUGGGUUAGUUGGUAAAGCAUUGCGUGGGUUGUGUUGUGCGGAAUAUUGAACGCGACGCAGCGGAAAGGACCUCGCAGCCACCGGAACGAGAAACGGGACACAAGACUUUGGCUCGUGACUUUAAAAAGUAAGAAAUCGGUGUGUUUUUAUUAGCAAUAUCUCACUUAAAGUUUUGCAUCUGUCCGUUUAGGUCCUUAAAGCAUACUUCCUUUACAAUCAUUUCAAUAGUUCGUUAUCGCAUCUUGAAAUGUUCCUUCGGACUUAAACGUCGUAAAAACUAGCUUAAUAGUGAUGGUGUUACGGUGGCGCCAUCUGUGUUGCGCGAAACGCUGACACGCGCUUGUCAACAAUCAAACUGUGUUUUGGCGUAUUCUGACUGCUGCUGCCCGCUUUCCUCAAUCAAACCUUUUAAGACAGCGUCAUCGUGGUGGCUUCAAUCAAAUCGAAAAGUUGGCAGAACGAAACACACAGCUAUGGAUUGUGCUUCUGCUGGCAGUGGCCGCAGGCGGUCGAACCCGCGGCCAUGCCCAUCGAAGCGAUCCGGCUAGAAGAACCAACACUGCCUCAGCUGGUGCGGCCCCGGGUGAGCUGACGCGUAUCCGCAAACCCUGUUAGCCCAGGCCAACACGCGACGAGCCCCGCGACAAGCAGCCAAAAGUAGUGAAAAACAAUAAAAUCAACCUAAAGGUUCGUCGCUAACCAUCGAUUGCAAUCGUUCAUUAUUUUUUUUUUUCGACUAGUUUCACUUUGUCUGCUAGUGCCUGCUAAAAAUGGGUUGAAUGUUGGAGCAGGUUUGUGUGUGUGUGUGUUGAAACAAAAAAACAUGCGACUCCGUUCGCGGCCGUUCAUUCGUCAGUAAAACAAACAAAACACUGGGCAGCAAAGUGUACACAAAGUAAUGACUUGAGUGCGCGCGUGUGUGCAUGUGUGUUUAAGUGUACAAAUUAUCAACCAAAUCAUAAACACUUUUCGAUAGUGCAAGCGGCGUGAGUGUCCUUGUAAGUAGUUUGAAAACGUUAAGCAACUUGUUCGUAGAGUAGCGUGAACCGGGAAACGAGUGUGUGACGAGAAGGAAGGGGAAAACAAACCAUGACGGAGCAGCGUCCGCAUCGAUUAGCCCGCUACGUGCACUGCCGCAGCAUCGUACCGAGCAGCAUAAACCAAAGCCAUAUAAAGAUGACGCGCAACGGCGUGACGUGCGCGGGAGCGUACAGCAGUACCAGCGGCAGAAGGAAACGACCGGACCACACCAGCCCUAGGAUCCCGCUCACGCUAGCCCUGCUGGCGCUCGCGGCCUGCUGGCCGGAAGCGGCCGGACUCGACCCAAAGUUCGACCCGUCCACCCGGAUGGGGCUCGUGCUGGUGCCUGCCGACGCAACCGUCGGCUCCGUCAUCUACCGGUUGCGGGCCUCCGACGAAGAGUUCGAGUACCCGCUCCAGUUUGAGCUAGUCGGCGAUGCGUCGUCGUCGACGGUACAGAUCGAGACGCUGCCCUGCACCAAGUUCAACUCCAUCUGCCAGGCCAAUGUGAUUCUGACGCGGCGGCUCGAACCGGGCCGCUACUACGACUUCCAGGUGUCGGUGAAGGACACCAAGGGCGGCAUGUCGGUGCAGAGCUGCUCGAUCACUGCCACCAACUUUACCACGCCGCACGACGUCAUCUUUCCGCACAAGGCGGGCAUCAUCAUGGUGCCGGAGGAUGCUAAAAAAGGAACCGAGCUGGACUACGUGCUGGCGAACAAAAAUCCAUUGUUCCAGAAGCCUGUGUAUCUAGAGCUAUGGGGAUCACCACUGUUCGGUAUUCGCCAGAAGUUCAUAUCGCCCGAGACGGCCGAAGGCACCAUCUUUCUGCUCGGUCAGCUAGACUUUGAAAAGCAAGCAAUGUACCAUCUGACGGUACUGGCAAACGACGCGUACGCAGAGCCGGGGCAGGAUACGCGCAACAUUGCCGGGCUGGAGGUGGUCAUCAUCGUGGAGGACGUGCAGGACGUGCCGCCCGUGUUUACGGUGGCCCCACCGGUAACACGUCUUCCGCCCGGGCUCAUACCCGGCGACAAGGUACUCCAGGUGCAUGCCGAGGACGGUGACAAAGGGGUGCCGCGCGAGAUCCGGUACGGGCUAGUGUCGGAGGGCAACCCGUUUACGUCCUUUUUCGACAUCAACGAAACGAGUGGUGAGAUAUCGCUGCUCCGACCGCUGGACGACAUACUGGCACUGACGCACGCCGGCGAUCCCGUCCUGCUGACGGUGAUCGCGGAGGAGGUGAAGGUGAGCCGCGAUGAGCCGCCCGCCAUGGCGACGACGGUGCAGCUUGCCUUCUUCCUGCCGGAGCGCAGCAACUCGCCGCCCUACUUCGAGAACGACCACUACGUCGCCCGGCUAGACGAGAACGCAGCCCCCGGCACGGUGCUGACCUUCACCGACCCGUACACACCGCGCGUGAUGGACGAUGAUGCCGGCAAGAACGGCGUGUUCUCGCUGACCCUGCUCGGCAACAACGGUACGUUCGAGAUCUCGCCGAACGUGGCCGAGGGCCACGCGAACUUUGUCGUGCGCGUGCGGGACAGCGCCCGGCUCGACUACGAGGCGGCCACCUACGUCCACUUUCAGAUCCUCGCGCAGGAGCUCGGGCCCGCCACCAACCUGUCGAUGCUGGUGAACGUCACCGUGUACCUGGCGGACGUCAACGACAACCCGCCCGUGUUCGAGCAGGCCGACUACAUCGUCGACCUGCCCGAGAACAUGACGGCGGGGACGCGCGUCGUCCAGGUGCACGCCACCGACGUCGACACGGCGCGGCUCGGGGGCCGCGUCCGCUACACGCAGAUCCUAGGCCCGCACAACACCUCGCUCAACCUGGACCCGGCGUCCGGCGUGGUGACGGUGGCGCUCAACAACCACGGCUUCGACCGGGAGGCGAUGCCCGAGUACCACCUGUACGUGGAGGCGCGGGACGACGACGGCAUCGGCAACCGGGCGCAGGUGCCGCUCGUGAUCCGGCUGAUCGACGUGAACGACGAGACGCCCGCGUUCGAGAAGCCGCUGUACGAGUUCAUCCUCGCGGCCGACCUGCGCAACUUCACCGUGCCCGCGUUCAUCCGGGCGACGGACGGGGACGCGGAGGCACCGAACAACGAGGUGCGGUACGAGCUGAUCUACGGCAACUACGAGAACAAGUUCUUCCUGCACCCGAUCACGGGCGAGCUGAAGCUGAACGGGCCGCUCGUGCCGCGAACAGGCGGCGGAGGAGGUGGAGGCCAAUCGGUCGGUGGGCUGCGCCGGCGCCGGCAGACAGGGGGCAGUGUGGCGUCCGGUGGUCCGCCCGCCACCGGGCAGAAGGAGUCGGACGUGUUCGUGCUGACGGCGCGCGCCUUCGAUCUGGGCGUGCCGGUGCGCUACUCGACCGCCACGAUUCGCGUGUAUCCGCCGGAAAGCCGGACGCGCACGGUCACGUUCAUUGUGCCCGGGUCGGACCCGGACCGGAAGAAGGUGCAGGACACGCUGGCGGACAUCACGGGCGGGCGGGUCAUCAUUCAGGAGGUGCGCCCGUACCGUACCGGCGACGGGGGCAUCCCGACCGACCUGAUCGGCGGCGGCGGCGGCGGUGGUAGUGGUGGCGGCGCCGAACGGUCCGUUGUGAUCGCGACGAUACUGUACGACGCGGACUCGGUGGUGGACAUCGCGAAGAUCCAGCAGCGCCUCUCGAUCAACGGCACGGUCACCAACAUCAUCAGCCAGGAGGAGCGCAGUGCUAUUCUCUACAAGGCCGAAAACCGUGUCCUGUUCUGGCUGCUCAUCUUUCUCGCGAUCCUGCUAGCGCUCGGCAUCCUCACGCUGCUGCUCUGCUGCAUCUGUCCCCGGUGUCCGCUGAACGCUACCAACCGCAAACGCAUACUGCGCGUGAAUAAUAUCGAAGAUGAUCUUGUUCAUAGAAAGCAGGGACUUGGAAAGCAAUCCAAAUCUGUGCAGGUCGCCGAGUGGAUGGGACGGCGAGAAGCCUGGUCAGCAGCGAAUCGAUCGACCGAUUCCCGUACCAAGCCGACGCAUUGGGAGUACCGAGGGCGGCGCGACAUUGGCAAAGGCACACUAGCGGCGGCCGGGGACGACGGGGGGGACGACCGGGACGGUGAGCCGGACCAGCGCGGGGACGAGAGCGGCACCGACGGCAAUGAGCGGAAGCGGGCGAACGAUGGCGGGAAGCUAGAGAAGCAUACGGUUAAAAUUAGGAGCGACAUGAAGAGCAAAUCGACCAAGGACGACACGCACAUGCACCGGUCGCGCACGAACCUGCUGAACGCGGACCGGGACAUGUACGUGGAGGACGUGGACGAGCACGAUCCGGAGUACCAGUCGCUGAAGCGCAUCCACCACCACCACCAUCACCAUCAUGCUGGUGGCGGCGGCGGUGGUGGCGGGGGCGGCGGCGGCGGCGGCGGCGGCAAACCGACCACGGACGAUGCGCUGCCGAUCGAUGACGACUCGAUGCGCCGGCACGAGAUGGAUCGGGGCAGCGAUCUGAACUACGAGCGGCGCGGCAGCUUCAAACGGCAGGGACACGCGGCGGCUCCACAGCUGGUCGCGGACGACAUUGAGCCGCGCGAUCAGUACUUCAUCAAGGACGGCAACGCGGAGAUACUGCGGCUGAUAACGCGCGGCCGCAACGAGGAGGAGAACAUCUACGUCAACAUACCGCAGCAGCAGCAGGCGCAGCAGCAGCAGCAGCAGCAGCGCGCUGGCGUGGCCGCCCAGCCCAACCAGCCCCAGUACAUCAUGGUGGACAACGGCGGCAAGGAGAUCCUGAUGCGCCGGUACAUCGAGGAGCAGGCGAACGGGAAGCAGAUCAUCCGCGAGCACUACCAGCUGCUGCCGGGCACGACCUUCAUCCAGACCAUCCCGAACGAGGUGCCGGUGCGGCGGGGCGAACACGUGACCGAGGUGAAGAUCGGUGCGGGCGCGGGCCGCAGCAAGGACCCGGCGGCGGACGGGGACGGCGACCCGGGCCGGCUGAAGCCGGCCGUCUCGACCCACUCGCUGAUGCACCAGGAGCUGGAGCACUCGCUCAAGCAGCAGAACGCGCUGCUCCGCCAGAUACUGCUCGAGAAGGAGAAGCUCGAGGAGCGGUACAACCAGUACGAGCAGGCGCUCGAGACCCAGAGCCUGCCGUGCCAGUCGAUGGCGGUGGUGGUGGCCGCCACCCAGACCGACUGCGACACCGGCACGCAGACGGAGCCGAUGCGCGGCGGCGGCGGCGGCGGCGGCGGCGCUGGGGGCUUCGGGGCCUCGGGCGGGUUCGGCCGGCGGCGCACCAAGAGCGAGAACGACGACUCGCUGUCGGAGGACGAGUACGAGUACGUGCGGUACAGCCCGCCGGACAGCCCGGACGGCGUGUACCUGAUCAAGCGCCGGCGGCACCGCAAAAAGACGCUGAAGCACCGCACCGGCGGCAAGGGCGGGCUGGGCGGCGGCAGCGGCGAGUACAGCGGUGGCGAGUCGACCGGCGAGCGCAAGUCGAACCGGCGCAUCAUCGUGGUCGAGUCGGUGAAGCGCAAAAUCCGCACCCCGAUCCAGGAGGAGGAGGACGAGCUGCACCACGGGCGCGAGCUGCGCCGGGAGGGCCCGGGCGGCGGUGGGCACCGGCGGGGUGGGCAGGAGACGCGCACCAGCAUACUGCGCCGCAAGCGCAACGAGGAGCUGUCGCGCAACGGCAAGGAGCCCGGGAAGGAGCAGCGGCUCAAGCGGGACGUGCUGAUGGAAAUCUCCGACUCGCUGCACGGGCCGGAGCAGCGGGGCCGGCGGGGCGGGGGUAACGGGGGCAAUGGUGCGCCCGGGGCGGACGGGCGCCGCAAGAAGGUGUACCGCAAGAACGUCAAGUACUACGAGGACUCGGACGGCUCGGAGAAGGAGGUGGUGGUGCAGAAGAACUACUUCUCCGCGGACAGCCUGGACGAGAUGGCGUCCGACGUGGAGGACUACCGGUACUCGGUGACGAAGACGUCCAAGUCGGUGACGGUGUCGCCGAAGGCGUCGGUCGAGCAGCGGGUUUCGCGGCGCGACGACAAGACCGAAACGACCACGACCCGCAUCCGGCUGACGACGUCCGAGUCGCCGAGCCGCCGGCAGGCGGCUGGGACGGGCGGUUCGGGGGCAAUGGCGGGCUCGCAGGGCCCGAAGGGGCCCGCCCCCAAGCCGCCCCGCCUGAGCAAAUCGGUGUCGAAGGAGGAGGACCUCAACGAACCGGGGGGCGGCGGCGGCGGCGGCGGUGGCGGCGAGGGACAGCAGCACGGGGUCAACCCGAAGUACAUGGACUGGUACUACAACCUCAGCAAGGAGGGCGACUCGCUCGAGAAGCGGGACGGGCGCAAGAGGGACCGGGAGCCGGCCGGCGGGACGACGCUGCUCACCACCACGACCACCAGCUCGACCACCACCAUCACGACCGGCGGCAGCCGCCGGAAGGGCGAGGGGGAGGCAGCCGCGGCCGCACCGGCCCCACCGGCCAAGGGCAAGCCGGAGCCGGCGCCCCGCACCAGCCCACCGAAGGAGGCCCGCCUGCUCAAGGAAGACAUACAGCACGCGCGCAAGGUCGCCCAGUCCCAGCAGCAGCAGCAGCAGCAGCAGCAGGAGGCGGGCGGCAGCCACCCGCUGCUCCAGCACUCCGAGCACCGGUUCGAGGCGGAGUACGGGACCGGGCCGCCGGUCGUGCCGGCCCCGCCGGACAAGCUGCCCCACUACCUCUACCCCGAGACGCCACCGAUCGUGAGCCGCGACAACAAGGUGCAGAUCAAGAUCGUCGACCAGUCGGCGGCGGCGACGGCGGCCCCCGGGGCGAAGUCGAACGGUGCCGGCGGCGGCAGCACCAGCACCAAGAACGCGAAAACGCUCAACGUGUCCACGCUGGAGGACGAUCACGAUUCGGGCAUCGCGAUGAACUCGCUGCUCCACACCAAGGGCAAGCGGAACAAGAUCGCGGACAAGAAGAGCAUCUUCACCAUCGCGUACGACGACGUGCGCAUCCGGCAGAUCCGGUCCGAGAGCGACACGCCCCCGUUCUCCUAACGGCGGGCGGGCAGCCUCCGGCGGCAGCGCCCGAAACCGUCCAGUGACUAGGCGCGCCGCAGUACAAAACACAACACCGGACGCAGCAGCAGCGGAUCUAAGGCCCCUGUCACUACAGCGUUAUGGUGUUCUACCAGUCCUCGGAGCCGCCUUAGUCUGCGUACCGUUAAAGCCGCCAUUUGCAGACGCGGCACACCAGUUUCCAACUGCCAUAUUCUAGCAGUGUGUUCCGGGCGGCAAUGCGCACCAUAAUCGAGCAGCAGUAGUAGUAUUUGCAGUGGUAGUAGUAGCAGUAGUAGUAGUCGUCGUCGUAGCAGCAGUAGUGGUAGCAAUCGUUCGUUUGAAGAUCGCACUGAUGCUCAUCUGCCGGAUCGUUGUGAUCGCGCGCGCCGCAAUUUGUUAGGUUAGGUUUUUUAGUGAUCCCCCCCCCCCCACACACACACACUCAUUCACACAUACAACCGUGCAUCGCUCUUUCGGGUCGUCCCGGAACGUCGCCCGUCAUUCGUGCGAUUAGAAAGGUUAAGGUUUGUUAGGUUUACGAACUCCAUUGGAGUCUGUUAGGUAGCACCUUGGUAGUAGUGCCUUUGUGUAUAGUAGCUCAGUCAACCUUCCAGAUUACGUUAAACGGACGGGAAGUAGUGGCAGCCGCAGCACGUGUGUUUCAUGUGAUCCCCUACUUCGCCGUACCGUGUAGCCUAAGUUAAUUCGUGCUUUGAUGCGUUCCUUAUAUACGAAUAUUGUAAAAAGAUACAGAGAGACAGAGAGAGUGAGUGAGAAGGAUGGAGAAGGGAGAGAGAGAUAGAGAGAGAUAGAGAGAGAGAAAGUAGGAAGAGUUUAAAGUUGUACAUUUUUUUUGGUUAGUGUAUUAGUAGUUUCGCCUUUCGCACUAUUCUUUACUUGUUCCUCGCCACCUUUCGCCUACUGUCACCACGCAAAAAUGUGUUGAAAGACUUAUGCCGGAUUCAUGAACAGAACAGGCUUUCCGUCCACCUGUUUCAGUCGCUGAUGCGCAACCCAUUUUUCUGUUCUGUUCCACAGCGAAAUGUAAAUAGCCAGAAUGCACGAAACGACGGCGAUUGGCGUGUGCAUGCGAUGGUGCGUGUGUGUGUGUGUCUGUGCGGGUGAGUGAGUAUUGGGAGUAGCUGGAGCAGAUCAACGCCAUCAUGUAGACACUGUCGAUAGAAGAGGAAGGAGAUAACUAAAUGGAUAAUAGCGAUAUGUUAGGGAUUACGGUUUUUGAUCAUGUUUAGUGAACUGGUUCCAAUGUCCGAUGGAGGUUGCCACCGUGCAGCUGGAAGAAGGCGUUUAACGUGACCAUCACGAAUGUGGUACUCCGUACUGCAUCGAACUGGGCUCAGCGUGCAAGGCUGCAUGGGAAGGAUUACAGCAAAACAGCCACUGAUACGGCAUUUUCAAGAAAUGGGGUUCUUCCAGCUCGGCAGGUAAAUGGCAAAGUAGUAGUGCUGUCAUUAGUAGGCCCUAGGCACGGAAACGGUUUAGCGAUCAUCUUGUUAGCAAGGAACUGUAGACACUUAGCAAUUAGAUAACUACUACUUCCUCCACACAAUGUAGAGAUAAAGGCAAGCAGAAUUUGAUAGCGAGAAAGAGAUAGAGAGUGAGAGAGAGAGAGAGAGAGAGAGAAAGAGAGAGAGAGAGAGAGAGAGAGAGAG